ACUUUAGUCAUUUAAAACAUUACUAUAAAUUCAACAAUGGAUUAGGGUUUUUUGUUUCAGUGGCCGUAUUAGUAUCGUGGAAAGCAAAGCUUAGCCGAUCAGAUCUCUCCUGUUAUCUUCCUUACACAGAAAUGGCCAAGUCGAAGAAUCAUACCGCGCAUAACCAGUCGGCUAAGGCCCACAAGAACGGAAUCAAGAAGCCCAGGAGGCACCGUCACACUCCCACCAGAGGGAUGGACCCAAAGUUCUUGAGGAACCAGAGGUACGCAAGGAAGCACAACGUCAAGAGCGGCGAGAAUGCCACCACUGAAGAUUAAGCUUUUGUAUUCUCCCACCUCUUUUAGUAGACUAAGAGAACCAGUUUACUUUUUAUCUUUUCGUUUGAUUAUGUUUCCGCAAAUGGUUUGUGCACUCUUUCAAUCCAGGCCUUUAAUUUAAUAUCAGAGAUUUUAUAA